UCCACUUUUCCGGUUUUCCAAGAAUCCUCGCCUCGUUCUCAACAGUGCCGGCCUCCGCUACUCCUCUCGCCGCUCGCCGGGAAUCUGUCAUCGUCGCCGGAGAGCCUUGUCUGGCUCGCCGGGACUAGGGGUCCCUGGCCUUGCAAGGACCUGGUUUCGUUUCCUGGAAGAACGGGCUUCGAAGGCUUCGUUCGGUGUGGGUUUCUCGACGUCUUGGGAAAGACUUCGGAUCUCGGCUCGAUUUGUGGGUAUUUGGGUAAUGUGGUUUGAUCUCUGACGGCCGGAGACGGGGAUCGUGAGGAUUUCGUUGGGGUUCUUGAUUCGCGGGACGGUGGAGGGGUCACGGAUCGGGGAUCGGUAUGAAAUGGUGGAAGGAAGAGCAUGCUUGUCUAAAGAGGUUAGAAAUGGGCUAGAAAUUCUUAAGCGCAAAAGACUUCAACGGUUCAAAUUGGGAAUUCUACCUGCAGAGGCAAAUGCUACCAAUAUGAUGACCAGAAGUGGUGGUGAUUCUUUAAAAAGUAAUGCAUCAUGUGGCAUGAAAACAUGCGAAGAUGCAGGCACAAUUUCUUGUGAAAAUGAUCUGGUGAAAGAUGCUUUUGCAAAGCACAAAGUGGAAAAAUUUGACAUGUCUAACUUAGAAUGGAUUGAUAAGGUCCCAGAAUGCCCUGUUUAUUAUCCCACUAAGGAUGAGUUUGAGGAUCCAUUAACCUAUGUUCAAAAGAUUGCACCUGUAGCUUCUAAAUAUGGCAUAUGUAAGAUAAUAUCUCCUAUUAGUCCUUCGAUACCUGCUGGUGUUGUUUUGAUGAAGGAGAAGGUUGGAUUUAAAUUUACAACUAGGGUGCAGCCUCUCCGUCUUGCUGAGUGGGCAGUAGAUGAUAGGGUGACCUUUUUCAUGAGUGGAAGGAAGUAUAGCUUUCGUGAUUUUGAGAAGAUGGCGAACAAGGUGUUUUCUCGAAGAUAUUCUAGUGCAGGCUGUCUCCCUGCUAGGUAUUUGGAAGAGCAGUUUUGGCAAGAAAUUGGUUGUGGCAAGACAGAGUCUGUUGAAUAUGCUUGUGAUAUUGAGGGUAGUGCUUUCUCAUGUUCUCCUGGUGAUCAGCUUGGGAAAAGCAAGUGGAACUUGAAGAGGCUGUCACGGCUCCCAAAGUCUAUAUUACGACUUCUGGGUGCGGCAAUCCCGGGAGUAACGGAUCCCAUGCUGUACAUUGGGAUGCUUUUCAGUUUGUUUGCAUGGCAUGUGGAAGAUCAUUACUUGUACAGCAUCAACUAUCAUCAUUGCGGAGCAUCUAAAACUUGGUAUGGUAUCCCGGGCAAUGCUGCUCCUGACUUUGAAAAGGUAGUCCGAGAGCAUGUAUAUGACCAUGGGAUUUUAUCGUCUGAAGGAGAUGACGCGGCAUUUGAUGUACUCUUGGGCAAGACGACAAUGUUUCCACCUAAUAUAUUAUUAAAACACAAUGUUCCUGUUUAUAAAGCCGUGCAAAAGCCUGGAGAGUUUAUCAUCACCUUUCCUCGGGCGUAUCAUUCAGGAUUCAGUCAUGGUUUUAAUUGUGGAGAGGCUGUAAACUUCGCUAUAGGGGAUUGGUUUCCACUUGGUGCUGUAGCUAGCCAGCGGUAUGCACUAUUGAAGAGGAUACCAUUGCUUCCUCAUGAGGAACUUCUCUGUAAGGAAGCAAUGCUUCUUUCACAGAGAUUGUUCAGUCCUAAUUCUGAAGUUCUUCUGCCAACUGAGGACCUGUCCUCCCAAUGUUGCAUCAAGGUUUCUUUUGUGAUCCUAAUGCGAUUCCAGCAUCGUGCUUGCUGGUUGAUUAUGAAUUCUGGAGCACGAGCGUGCUCUUAUUCAAGUAAAGCUGUGACUCUGUCUUGCAGCAUUUGCCUACGUGAUUGUUACGUGUCCUAUAUUAAGUGUGACUGCAAUAUGAACCCUGUGUGUCUUCGUCAUGAGAUGGAAUUAAGGAGCUGCCAUUGUGGACGUAAGCGUAUUAUCUUCUUAAGGGAGGGUUUUUUAGAGUUGGAGGCUGUAGCAAGAAAAUUUGAGCAAGAGGAGGGAAUAGUUGAAGAGGCACAGAAGCAAGUGUUUCACAGUGAUGACCAAUGCCUAAAAAAUUUAUUUCCAUCCACCAGGGAUGAUGGGUAUAUUCCAUAUUGCAAGCUAAAUUUAUAUUUGAGCUUAGAGAAUGUGGAACAAAGAAUGGAAAUUUCAGAAGAUUUAGAUUUCGUUUCUCAGAGGGAGUGCAUUAAAUAUGAUGCAGAAGAAGCUGCAUGCUCUGCGAUAUCAAUUUCAUCAUUUUCCUUGGGGCAAAAUGACAGCAAUUCUAAAUUUAGUGUAAGUGUUAAAAAUGAUAAAAUGCAAUCAUGUCAUAAAAAGUAUCCUGAUUGUCUGCCAGCUCCUCCUUGUGGGUCUGUAAGAGUAACCCCAUCCAAUAGAUGGAGUACUAGACAUGAAGGCUCCCUUCAUGGCGUUCUAGAUGGUGAUGAUUCUGACACUGAGAUAUUCAGGGUCAAGCGCAGGUCUGCUGUAAACCUGGAGAGGGGCGGGAAUGUUAUUAGUGUUAAGCUUCCUGAACAGCAGGUGUUGAAACGGUUGAAGAAGCUAGAUAACAAAGGUGUUGUUGUGCCUAGACCAUCUGCUUCAUGUAGUCAUGGUCUCAAUAGAAACUUGGUUGGUGGAAUUGCUCCAAUAUCCCUUAAGUUCAGGAAACAACAAUUGGAAUUGGAUGCCAAGGUGGGAAGGGAUGGAGGCGUUGAAACGAAAAGCCAAGGAGCUAUGCAGGAGCAGGGAUGUAUUCCAGUUAAACUUAACAGAGAACAUGAAGGAGGAGGCGCCUCCUAUAGAGCUAGGACCAAAGCGUCUGAAAGUCAGAGGCCCCUCCUUUCCUAACUCGGUUGUUGAGCAGGACAGGUCUUCUUCUAACAGUAGUAGGACUCUAGAUUGCAAAGUGCAAAGUGGUGGACAAUUGUUUUAAACCCAAAAACAAAAAACCUUACACAACAGGUGCUAACUACAAUUCUUGACACGUGGCUCUAACAACUACAGAUAACAACAGGAGGAGGAGGAGGAGGCCAGACACAGGGUGGUGAUUUUCAUUAACUGGCACAAUUUUAGGACAGCAGAUUCAAGUAACUCAUUUUUUUUUAGGUGCCAGCCUCGAAAUUGAGGUUCUGGUGCUGCAGGAUUCUUCUAGGGGGGUUUCAGCCAUCAU